AGAAAAUCGUCGAAUCAAAACAAAAACAUUGCUGCACUUUGCCCUUCUGCUCUGUAAUGUAAUUUUUUGAUAAAAAUAAGUGAAUUUCUCUGAUAAAAGCCAAUUUUUACUGUUAGACUAGCUCUACAGAUCGAAAGAUUUCAGAUUUACUGGCCAGCAAAAUGCCCCUCUACCACGCGAACGCCGGCCAGGCGGAAAUCAUCCGCACCAUCCAGAAGGAUCAGACCUACAUCGACGAGAUUCGGUCACAGCUAAGCGACAUCUUGCUGCUGGUGAGCCAGCGGAACUGGUUCAAGUACAAUCAUCUGUGCAAGCUGAUUGCCGAGGUGCUGUAUCAUCACUAUGCCAUUGUGCACAAUCUGCAAACGCUGGGCGAAGAGUACACUGGGAUCAUUCAGGUUGAUUCCAACUAUGUGAUGCUGCCGAAUAAGGCGUUGCAAAUCUUUGCCAUCCUGUUGGAGUACGGUGGGGAGCACGUGGUCGAUAGGAUUCUCACAAGGUUGCAAACUGAGAUCGAUCGCAGUGAAGAGAUGCUGCCGGAGGCGAAGGAACGGUUAGUUCGGCUGCUGGAUGGAUUGAAGUUCAUUGUUCCUUACGUGCGAGGCUUUCAUACCAGUGCGUUCUACAUCUGCGGCGGAAGGUACCACAUCUCCAAGCGGUUGACCGGGAUUAACUAUAUCCUCAUUCGGAACUGGCUCAAGGAGAACCACUCGAUCUACGGCUUCCGAAUACUGGGAGUGGUCACUUUGCUCCAGCUGUUACUAUCACUAAUCGUCAAGUGGUUCGAGAGAAGCAAGAAAGCACGCGCUGGCAACACUGCUGCAGUCGCAUCUACUUCACAGCGAUCAACUCUUCAAACGGGAAGUUCUACUUCGGGUAGUACUAGCAAAAGCAACAAGUGCGCCCUCUGCAUGGAACUGGCAGUGGACUUGAGCGCAACUCAGUGCGGUCACCUGUUUUGUUGGGUUUGUAUUCUGAACUGGCUGGACGAACGACAGAUUUGUCCGAUUUGUAGGGAAGCCAUCAAAAAGUCCAGGGUGAUUCGGUUGCAGAAUUUUAGCUAGGGAUGUCUUGCCAGGGGUCAUUUCGGAUUUCAAUCAUCAUCAACCUUGGUUUCGGUAAUUUAUGGUUUUUUAUUGUUAUACUUUACUAUGUACAAAGUACUAAAAGAAGCUCUUUCCAAGAGUAUUGUUUUGUUACACAAUUUCCUAUUCGCUGCCAGUUGUAGUGGACGUCCAAUAAAAUUUCGCGUAUUUUAGUGUAGCAUUCUAAGGAAGCGGAAAUAUUUACAUAAAAAGAAGCAUUCGCUCCGCUGUCCGCCGGGAGGCGGACGCAGACUCGGCAGGAAGUUGUCGCGGUAAAAGGCCUAAAUAAAUUAGUAUACUCGAUGUA